UGCUUGAACGAUCAACCGCCACGUGACAUUUGACGCCUGCGCAAUCACUCAUCUGAGCGGACGAGUAGUUAAGCAACAGGGAAGCUGCUUGCUCCAAAAAAAAAAAAAACCAGAAAAGGUUUUUAUUUAGUCGAGGGCGCGCAUUUGGUCACCGUUUCAACCACGGAUCGUAACUGAGCAGCAGUGAUGAGCUUUUUUGGUUUUGGUCAAAGUGCGGACAUCGAUAUAGUUCUCAGUGAUGCCGAAACAAGGAAGAAAACGGAGCAUAAAAGCGAGGACGGCAGGAAGGACAAAUAUUUUCUCUUUUACGACGGCGAAACUGUGUCGGGAAAGGUGAACGUCACGCUCAAGCACCCUGGCAAGCGGCUGGAGCACAACGGAAUCAAGAUCGAGUUUGUUGGCCAGAUAGAGCUCUACUACGACAGGGGAAACCACCAUGAGUUUGUGUCUUUGGUGAAAGACUUGGCACGACCAGGGGAGCUGACUCAGUCGCAGACGUUUGACUUUGAGUUUACACAUGUGGAAAAGCCCUAUGAGGCUUACACUGGCCAGAACGUCAAAUUACGCUAUUUUCUGAGAGCCACAGUGAGCCGCAGACUGAGCGACAUCAGCAAAGAGGUGGACAUUGUGGUUCACACACUCAGCACAUAUCCUGACAUCAACUCCUCCAUCAAGAUGGAAGUUGGCAUCGAGGACUGUCUACACAUAGAGUUUGAGUACAAUAAAUCCAAGUAUCACCUCAAAGAUGUGAUUGUCGGAAAGAUUUACUUUUUACUGGUGCGGAUUAAAAUCAAGCACAUGGAGAUAGACAUCAUCAAGCGAGAAACAACUGGCACCGGGCCCAACGUGUACCACGAGAACGAUACCAUAGCCAAGUAUGAAAUCAUGGACGGCGCACCAGUCAGAGGAGAGUCCAUCCCCAUCAGGCUGUUCUUAGCAGGCUAUGAAAUCACGCCCACCAUGAGGGACAUCAACAAGAAGUUUUCAGUGCGCUACUACCUCAACUUGGUUCUCAUCGAUGAGGAGGAGAGGCGGUAUUUCAAGCAGCAGGAAAUCACCCUGUGGAGGAAAAGUGAUGUUGCAAGGAAGAGCAUGUCUCAUCAAGCCAUUCUCGCCUCCCAACGCUUCGAAGGUUCGUCCAACCCUGAAAAAAUCCACGCUAACGAAGAGGACGGUUAAAACCCAGCCCACUUGUGGCAAAAGAGUUGUGAAUAUGAAUGUCAUGUUUGUGCGUCAGAAGAGAAUGUGCUCUCAUUUUUGCUGGGUAAGUGUUUGUCAGGGAAACAAGACGAGCUCAAAUUGCAAUUUAUGACAUUUGUUUGUUUCAAACAUCUUCACGUGUAGACGGGUGACAAAUUAUUUUACUGUGACGGUGAAUCUUCCGGAUUAAGCAUAACCUGGACCAAAUUAACUAAUGAAAAGCAUUUGUUUUGCGUAUCUCACCCUCUUCGUGCCUGUGAUUUAGAAUUAGCAAAUCCAUUUUGAAUUAAGGUGUGCACGUCUUGCCACUUUGUACUGCAGCUGUGGUCAACUAUAAAUCUCACAUUUAUCAAUUCACUAUUUAAUUGCAACUUUUAUUUGCUUAUCUUUAAAGAGGAAAUGAAUCGUGUGCUUUUGUAUUUUCAUACAUCCCAUGAGAAAUGACUUUUUUUCUAACAGCGUCAAAUAUGCUAAAUGCCUUACCCAGAGCAGUCACAUUGCUUGCUUCCCAUUUAAAAAAAAAAAAAAAAAUAUAUAUAUAUAUAUAUAUAUAGUUUGGACAGAUCAAGCAAAUAUUCACAUUUAUGUUGUGUGUUUAAUGUAUUGCUAAUGUUUAAAUACAGAAGCCCCAAAGUCAGUUGAUCACGUAAGUGUUGUUGCUCGGCUUCUGAGACAUGUAAUUUUAAUUUGAUGUACAGGCAGUGUUCAACAUUCCUAAAUUUCAUAUGAGUAUAAAGAGACGUUAACCACAGUAUACUAAAACUAUCCACAUUUUCUAAAGCGCGUGUUCUCAUGUAUAACGCAAGUGUACUACUUAAAGCACAUUGAGUUACCUCGUGUAUGAAAUGAACUAUACAAAUAAAUUUGCCUUACCUUUUGCUGGCGACCGAUCCAGAGCGCACCCCUCCUCUCACCCAAAGACAAUUAACCCACGACCCAGUGAGUACACAGUUAAGUGGUACACCACGUGGACGGCUGGACUUGUUCACGAGCCAUUCUGAAAGCCUCGGGUGUUAGAACGCUUACGUGAAGCAUGCGUAGCUUUGUCUUUUCACACGCAAAUUGAAUUCUGUUAUUCCAAUUAUUAGAAAAUAUUCAAAUAAUCAGACAUGAAGAGAGGUUUUCAAAUUGUGGGACAGGGAGUCUCCCUUUCAAGAUGUAAAACGACUGCGGGUGUCUCUGUGGCAGGACUCGUCGGUCUUUUCAGUUGCACUCUGAUCUGUUUUCCUGGUCUGUGUGCCUUGAUCGGCACCACCGUCUCCUAUCAAUUAUGGACAUGUGUGACACGAUUGUGAUUGACCAGACGCUUGUACGGACUUUCUGUUGUAAUUGUUGGUCGCAGUCUCUUCAUUGUAAGUCUGCUUUGUGCCUCAGGAUUGAUUGCCAAAAAAAAAAAAUAUAUAUAUAUAUAUAUAUAUAUAUAGUGUGUGGAUGCAGUGUCGGGGUACAAACUGAAAUACACUCAUCUUUUACUUCAAGAUGCAUUUUGUCAAGUUAAAAAAAAAAAAAAAAAAGUCAUUUCAUUUAAUUUUCCCCACUCUUGGGGGGAAUAAAAACAAAAACCACAGCAGUGACUUUAACUCCGAGCUACGUGAUUGUACAAGAUCCAUAUAUUUUUAUAGAUUUCACAUGCGUUAUCGGAAUAAAAAGGCACAUUGUUGUGUCUUUGUCAAGAAGUUGCAUCAACUGCCCUUUGUCAAAUAACGUGUACCCCGCUGAUCAUGUAAGAUGGCGACCCAAGUCGACUGCACCGAGUAGUCAUCAAUGACGAUUAUAUUGCAUUGAACGCAAAAUGUUUUGUCUUUACUUGAUCAACCGUGUCCUUCCGCUUUACGGAAAUUCUGUUAAAAAUACAUCCUUGAAAUCUCGGAUCAAGUACUGUGUAUCCGCUCGAUAUUUGUUUUUGUGGUCUUUUGUUGUACAUGAUUUUAUCUACCCCUGGUACAGACAAAGACCAGGGCAGUGUGUAAAAGAAUAAGAUUCAAUUGAAAUAUGUCUCAAUUGAUUUGUCAUCUUUUACCAUAUACAAUGAUUAUUAAUAUCUUGCUAUUAUUCUAUAAUAUAAAUAUACAGUACAUUAUUAAUGCCCAAUGUAAAGGAUUCCUUGUUGUAAGUGUUUUGACAUUUGAGCUCCCGUUCUCUUAAAGAUGACAAAUCUUUUUGUGUUUCUGUUUACUUUGAAAUAAA